AUGUCUUCCGCUACUUCUUUCUACGACUUUGCGCCUCUCGACAAAACCGGCAAGGAGGUCCCUCUCUCCGACUUCCGCGGCAAAGUCGUUCUGAUUGUCAACACGGCCUCCAAGUGUGGCUUCACCCCGCAGUACGCCGGCCUCGAGGAGCUGUACAAGAAGCUCAAGGUUGCCUACAACGACGACUUUGUCAUCCUCGGCUUUCCAUGCAACCAGUUUGGUGGUCAGGAGCCCGGCAGCUCGGACGAGAUCCAGAACUUUUGCCAGAUCAACUACGGCGUUACCUUCCCCAUCAUGCAGAAGAUUGAGGUUAACGGCGAUGGCGCCGCUCCUCUCUACGAGUGGCUCAAGAAGGAGAAAGCUGGGCUCAUGGGCCUGCGCCGCAUCAAGUGGAACUUUGAGAAGUUCCUCAUCGGCCGCGACGGCGCCGUCAAGGGUCGCUGGGCCAGCACCAGCAAGCCUGAAUCGCUGGAGCAGCCCAUUGUCGAGGAGCUCAAGAAGCCCCGCCCCGAAUCCAAGAUCUAA